GUCUAACAUCAAACCUUCUAUCUCUCAAGGAGGCUCUAGAUAGAACUUUUCGUGAGAUAAUCUGCAUAUUUUAUGGUAUACUUUGCCAUGGAUACUCUUAGAUCAUUUCAACUGCUUUCUUUGUUCUUCCUAGUUUUCACAUUUUCUGCUUCUGUUUUUGCUUUUAACAUGCCAAGGCUUGGAACCCAAAGAAAAACAACGCAGCGUGAACCCCAAACCACAUCUUCAAUAUCCAAUCUUGAAGAUCUCAAAACCUACUAUUACACCCAAACACUUGAUCACUUCAACUAUAGGCCUGAUAGCUACACCACUUUCAAACAAAGAUAUGUGAUCAACUCUAGGUAUUGGGGUGGAGCAAAUGCAAGUGCACCAAUAUUUGCGUAUCUUGGCGCAGAAGAAUCCUUGGAUGACGAUUUGCCCAUCAUUGGAUUUCUAAGUGAUAGUGCCCCCAGGUUUAAGGCUCUCCAAGUAUACAUAGAGCAUCGGUACUAUGGGAAAUCAGUACCAUUUGGGUCAAUGGAGGCGGCUUUGAAAAAUGAAAGCAUUCGUGGUUAUUUCAACUCAGUUCAAGCUAUAGCCGAUUAUGCUGCUGUGCUCUUACACAUAAAGAAAAAGCUAUCUGCAGAAAAUUCUCCGGUAAUUGUUGUUGGAGGUUCCUAUGGGGGAAUGCUUGCAUCAUGGUUUCGGCUAAAGUAUCCGCAUAUUGCCCUUGGAGCUGUAGCUGCUUCAGCUCCAAUCCUGUACUUUGACACCAUCGCACCACAAGCUGGAUACUACUCUAUAGUAACCAAGGAUUUUAAAGAAACUAGUGAAAGUUGCUACGAAACCAUACGGGAAUCAUGGGCGGAAAUUGAUAGGGUUGCUUCAAAGCCUCAUGGUCUUGAAGCCCUUGGCAAGAGAUUCAAUACUUGCAAUCGGUUAAAUGGAUCUGUUGAUCUCAAGGACUAUUUGGACGCAAUAUAUACUGAAGCAGCUCAAUAUAAUCACCCCCCAACAUAUCCACUUAGCGUUCUGUGCAGUGCCAUAGAUGGAGCUUCUGUAGGAACCGAUACUCUUGGCCGAGUAUAUGCGGGUGUAGUUGCUUAUAUGGGAAACCAUACAUGCUAUGACAUGGAUUUUUACAAUCGUCCAACUGAAACCCAUGAGGGGUGGAACUGGCAGACAUGUAGUGAGAUGGUUAUGCCCAUUGGCCAUGAUAGCAAGGACUCAAUGUUCCCACCAGCACCUUUCAAUCUAAACAAAUUCAUCAAUGAAUGCAAGAGCUUGUAUGGUGUCAUGCCUCAGCCUCACUGGGUGACAACUUACUACGGUGGUCAAGAUUUGAAACUCGCACUCCAUAGGUUUGGUAGCAAUAUUAUAUUCUCCAACGGACUAAGAGAUCCUUACAGUAGUGGCGGGGUUUUGGAGAACAUAUCAGAAAGUAUCCUUGCUGUCACUACAGUUAAUGGUUCUCAUUGCUUGGACAUACUCGUGGCAAAGCCAAGUGAUCCGCAAUGGUUGGUUAUGCAAAGAAAGACAGAGGUCAAGAUAAUUGAAAAAUGGAUUGCGAAUUACCAUGAUGAUCUUCUAGCUUUCAAAUAGCAUGUUUAAUACAUAUCAGAGGAACUCCACAUAUAGUUUCAGAAAGAAUUAUGGAGCCAAAUAAUGUAGUUAACGCUCAAUCCGAAAUCAAUGAAAAAAUAUUAAGUAUUCUAAAUUCCUGCA